AUGAGGCCACUCGUCACAAUCGUCGUGGGCAGAGAGCCACACCAGCAGCGCUUCUCCAUACCUGAAGGAAUCAUCUGCGCACGUUCUGAGUUCUUUAAACGUGCUCUAAACGGAAACUGGGCGGAGAGCGAAGGACGCAUUGUCAGAUUCCCAGAGGACAAUCCGGAGAUCUUCGGCAUCUACAUGAAUCUAGUGUACACCGGUCUUGUUCUCACGGACACUCUUGAAAGUCCAAAGACCGUUACUACCAUCUGCGACGAAUUCGACGUGCUCGGCAAUCUUUACGUGCUUUGUGAGAAGCUGCAAGACAGGGCAGCAAAAAACUCCGCCGUCGAAAGUCUGCUCGAGGUUUCCAUGGGAAAAUACGAGAACAAGUAUACCUGUCCACGAACCGAUACCAUCGUGCUCGUAUACCGGGGAACAUGCGCGGGCAGUCUCGGUCGUCGCCUUAUGGUGGAUCUGUGGCGCAAGAUCUCUGUGGACUUUUUGAUCAAGUGUAGUGAUGAACUGCCCAAAGAGUUCCUUGCUGACCUUGCCAUCUCCAUGAAAACUCAACUGGAGGGGCACAAAAUCAAGGGCACCUGGCCUCUGAACAAGAACACAUGUAUGGAAAAGGAGGCCUGA